GCUGAUUUUCUCCUCACUUUCGGAGACCCAGACAGAGAGCAACUCCCCAGCGGGUAUCCUUACUGAGCCUAACUUUGACUUGAGCAGAACAGACUGGGUCUCCAGGACACAGCGACGCACCGCGGAUCUGACGCGCCGCUUAGACGAGGGUGAGCGCGCAGAGACCGGGCACCCAUCAGCAUCCCUCUCGUGCAGGAUAUGGUGCUCUCCUGCCACCGCUCCCCGACGUGUUGCAAUGGGCUUUAGUCUGUCCACUGAAUAGUAAUAGCCGAGAAUGCCCUUGACAACAGUCUACACAGUUGUAUUCAGCAUGACGGCGGCACAGGAGACUGAGCGAGCAGGGGAAGACUCGGUGGCGAAACUUACACAAGACUAAACCCUCGCAUGUUUAACCAGAGUUUAAGUGUCUUUGCCAAAACAUAAGAUUUGAAGAGUUCUUCACACUACCAUGGGGAUACGGCACCUUUUGCUGCUGCUAAUAUACCUGGACCCGCUGAGCGUGCUGUGCGCCGCUACAGGGGGCAAAAAACCCAAGCAGGCGCCGAGGAAGGCUCCCAAAGCCACUGCGAUCCCCACGGGCGUCCCGCAGAAGACCCCGCAGCCGGCGCCCACCAGCAACCACGACACCUGCCUGGGCUACUACGACGUGAGCGGGCAGUAUGACAAACUGUUCGAGUGCAACAACACGGACCACCGGUACUGCUGCGGGACGUGCUACCUGCGCUUCUGCUGCGAGUACAAGAAAGACCGGCUGGACCAGAAAGCCUGCAAGAACUACCAAACGCCGGUGUGGGUGCAGACGGCCGCCCCGUCCCCCAUCCCGACCGGUGAAACGUACGAUCCGAGCAUGGAUCAGACCAACACGGCUGUCUACAUCACCUGUGGGAUCAUAGCCUUUAUCAUCGUGUUGGGAGUGUCGAUCAAAGUUGCGUACGACAAAGCUACAGAGCCGCCUCAGGAAAUGAAUAUACACAGGGCCCUUGCAGACAUCCUGAGGCAGCAGGGGCCCAUCCCCAUAUCACAAUAUGACUGUGAGAAUUUUGCAGCGAUGAACGGCUCACCCAAAGACAACACACCAGUCAGAACCUCAUCCAAGAACCACUACACCCCUGUUCACACCUCCAAAUCCAACCACGGUCUCCACUAUGGAAAGGAGAGUGUCCGGAGCAGUGGAGGGGCUGAUGUUCACAACUUCAUCUCCUCUGGCUUUGUGACGCUGGGUCGAGGCCAUCCGAAAGGAGAAAAACAUUGGCCGGUCCGCUCCCAGAGUCACCAUGGUACCCAUCAGCACAACUAUAACCAUGUGGCUCUAGGUAGCCCUACACGCACACCUAAGAAUGCUCACCGAUCAUUGAGACGUGAAAACAAUCGGAUAAGCGGCAUCCUGACCUCGCAGACGGAGCCCUACGACCUGUCUUUCUCGCGCUCCUUCCAGAGCCUGUCACACCUGCCGCCCUCCUAUGAGGUGGCCGUCAAAGCCGACCUCAACCGAUUCUCCUCCCUGAAGAAACUCACAGAUAAAGAAGUCGAAGACUACUACACUCGUAAGCGCCACCUGCCCGACCUGGCAGCAAGAGGCACUCUUCCCUUGCAUGUUCUCAAAAUCAGUCAAGACCAGCACCGGGAACCGCAGCAGCAGCUCCAGAGCCAGCCCCCGCAGUCCUCCAUCUCCCAGGCCCCUCCCCAGUCGCAGUCCUCACAGCAGCAGUCUCAGCAAAGGCAGAGGCCCCGUCGUGUCCAGAGGGCCAUGUCCCAGGACCGUGUCCUGUCCCCGCAGAGGGCCCCGCAGCAGGAAUACAGCACAUCUUCUAAUGGUAUGUCCCCAUACGGAGGCAGAAUCCUCUCCGACGAACAGCUCCUGUCCGCCGAACGUCUUCGAUCCCAGGAGCGCCUUCUCCCACAGGACCGCCACACCUCCCAAGAUCGUCUGUACUCGAAGGACCGUAUCUACUCCAAGGACAGACUCUUGUCGCAGGAACACCUCUACUCAAAAGACCGCCACUACUCUCAAGACCGCCUGUAUUCCCAAGAUCGCCUAUAUUCACAAGACCGCCUACUAUCCCAGGAUCCUCUGCUCUCGCCGGACAAGCUGAUGAUGUCGCUGAAGCGCGGCAUGGUCAGCAGCAUCUCCGGCGGGUUUCGUGGCAGCGAUAUGUCAAUGUCGCGUGCCAUCUCGCACACAGACGUGUUCAUACCAACCACGCCUCUUAUGGAUCGCUAUAAGAUGACCAAAAUGCACUCCCAUCCCAGUGCCUCUAACAAUGGCGGUGGCGGAGCACCGGGAGCGGCAGGCUCCGGGCACUCCAACACUUUAGGCAUGAACCAGACAACAUCUAAGAGGCAGGCGUUUGCCUCCAGACGGACUCAUACUGUGGAACAGCUCCACUACAUCCCACAGCACCACCAGCAGCAACAACAACAGCCACAGCACUACCGCACAGGCAGCAAGACUGAGGUGACUGUGUAGCGGCAGCCAGGACUACCUAAACUGCACAGGAGGAAGCACUGUUGUGUGCCAGGGGGGUGGGGUUGAUUGACAUAUGUGGGUACACCGGCCUUCUGUUAGAGUAGGAUGGUGGCUAUUUCACUCUCUUUGACUGAGGUUGCAAAGUCAGAGAUUCCUGGACCAAGAACAUCCACUAGCUUACUGUGAGAGACCGGAAAAAUGAGCUACACUGUACACUGCAUACACGGUCCCAGCGAGAUCUGAAGCCAGAGAGGGUCGUGGAUGGGGGAGUUGUGAUAUUAUCCAGCUAACUUGCCUACUCUAUUAUUUCCACUGUCUUGAUUACCCUAUUCAUCCACAGGCUGCGGCCUCAUUCUGUGUAUGUUUUAGUGAGAAAACACUGACUGUGUCUGUUCAAGCCUUUAUCGGCCCCCUUUGUCCAACAAUUCUAUUCUGUGACCUUUUCUGGCAAAUCUUAAAGGGCUUUGCAUGGUUAAACACAUAGACCAAUUCCUCUGUGACUUCUGUCACGCAACACAAACACCACCACAGAUGAUGAACUAGGAUGAGCCUGUAAUAACUUUAUAAAUAUAUAAAUAAAUGAAUAAAACAACCAUUUGUACGCCCUGUCCUACUCAUAGCUCUAGAGAAUCUCAAUGAGAGAAACUGAAAUGGAUGUUAUUAGCACUUACAUUUGGUGCCUCUGACAGAUGUUCCAUUUCUAAAAAACAAAGCGGUUUUGUGGGUUACAAAGCACAAUCAAUUAAAAAAAAUAUCUGUUCUGUUUUUGAUUUUGUUUUUGAGUUUGAAUAGUGAUGGCUAGCUUGUUUUGUUCUUAAAGCAAUGGCAGGUUUUUUUGCUUCCGGUAGACAAUUGUAAAUACGCUAUUCUAGAAGCAGUAUAAUGGACAAGUCUGUACUGGAUGGACUUUGUAUUAGACUGUCUGUUUUCAAUAGAUUCUUAAAAAACAACUAUAAAUCAUCACUGUUUCGUGAGUUCAGAAUAGAAACCCACUUAACCAAGUAUUUGACAGGAUAAAUUAAUACUAUACUGUGUGUGUCUUUGCAAAACUGUUUCUAGGACGAGAAGUGAAUGAAUGUGUUGUUGAUAACAGAUAUAUCACUGUUCAUAUUUGGAUGUAGACUGUGUUCCAUUGACAUCGGAGGAGCUGAACAUCAUGGAAAUGGAUUAUAAUGCUUGUUACAGUAGGGUCAAAUAAACCAUCCAUAUUUUUCUAAACAGUCAA